AUGAAAAGUGAAUACAUAGUCAUAUAUUCUGCGGUGCAUUCCGUAUCUAUAGCGAGUCGGAGUCGGAGCCGCUCGAGAGAACUCCUCCCCUCAUACGGCCCUAAAGAGUCGGUACUUCAAGCUUCAAGCUCGACUCCCGGGAUCUCGGUUAGUGCGCGAUACUAUCGAGGCCGUCUGUCAGAAACUCCCCCGGAUGCGGGGGAGUGUUGGGCGCUUACGGCUCGCGCCGCGUCCGAGCUCGGCAGGAACGGUGCACGUGAUACGCGUUCUACCCCUUCACCAGUUGCAGUCGAAAUCGACUCUCACCGCCUUGGACUGUUUCGGACGCAACAACAGCACCCUUCCUUCCCCUGGAUUUCUAGUGCUACAACGAUUAUGACGGACAGCUUUGCAGUGGCUGCAACGCCUCAAGCGCAUGCUGCGGACGUUGAGUUUCUUGUGCGGCGUGGAAUGACGAAAGGCUACCAGGUCCUGUCUCUGCUUGCUCCCCCGCUGUAUGCUACGUUUGCCCUCUCACGGUAUGGGCGGUCCCAAUUUUCUGUCAAUCGCCUUCUGCGUGCCACAUGGGUAGGUGGCUCUGUGGGCAUUGUCGGCGGAGGGGCGUUUGAAUACGUGAGAUCAGCGUACUCAAACCCGGAAAAGAUAAGGGCUCGUCGGAUUCUUUAUGCGUAUGAUACAUCUUCAAUACGAGCCGAUGACCAUUCUACUAUCGGUGGCGCGCUCUUCGCUGUCCUUACUCCAGCUAUGCUCUGGAAACGAGCCAAUAUUGCGAAUUUGAUUCUAGGUGGUGCUGGCAUGGGAUCUGCUGUCGGUCUCCUCACUCAUUAUACAAGAACCGUUUCUGGAGAUCCACCACCAGUCGUUCGAGUACCAGAUGUACCCGUGCCUGAAUGA